UUCCUACAACAACAUUGGAGACAUUGAGGUUGGAGUUUUUGAUGGUCUGCAGAAUUUAAACUAUUUGUAUCUUUCCGACAACAACAUUGGAGACAUUGAGGUUGGAGUUUUUGAUGGUCUGCAGAAUUUAAACUAUUUAAAUUUGUCACCGAAUUCCAUUCAGCAAUUAAGGCGUGGGGUAUUUUCUGGACUCCGUUCUCUUGAAUUUCUGGAUUUGACGAACAACAAUAUUCAGAGUAUCGAAGGAUUUACGUUUGAAUCACUGGCGUCUCUCAAAUAUCUGUUCUUCCAUGAUUCUGAAUUGGUAGCUAUCGAUCGUAACGCACUUGCUGGUCUCACAUCAAUAGAAAAAAUGUCUACAUCUGAUAAUCGUCUGUGUUGUCUUCUAAAGGACAACGUGAACGUCACCUGCGCUAGGACAUCACCGACGGGUCCAUUGGAAACCUGUAGCAGGCUCUUUCCGAACUUGGCCUUGAGGAUUGCAGGAUGGUUCAUGGGGUUGUUGGCUUUGGGCGGUAACGGGGUCGUUCUCUUUGUUCGGCUACGGGAUAGGAAGGAGCACACAUCUAAGGUUCAGAACACCAUGAUUGGUAGCUUAGCAAUGGCUGAUAUUCUGAUGGGACUGUACAUGAUCAUCAUAACCUCUGCUGAUGUUUACUACGGUGGUGAGUUCUAUCUCAGUGCUCCUCAAUGGCGGGAUUCCCACAUGUGUCGAUUCGCAGGUUUCCUCGGGUUUCUCUCGAGUGAGGCAUCGGUUUUUACCUUGACCUUGAUCACCGUUGAUAGGUUCAUUAGCAUCGUGUUCCCCUUCGGGAAGCUUAAGAUUCAACACAAGGGUUCCUUGAUUCUCGUCGGGUUAGCCUGGUCAUUUACCAUAGUGUUAAGUCUAGGUCUUGUGAUUGUUACAUCCUACAUACCAGAUAUCUACGGACUUUCCGACGUGUGCCUUGGUCUCCCGCUCCAUGUUGAUCCACAGGACACAGGAAUGCUGGUUAUCAGCAGAGAUUUGUCUAAUGAGCUUCAAGUUAUUUACGAGAACACUAACAAAAGUUUUAGACCUCCAUGGUUAUUCUCCAUUAUAAUCUUCAUCGGAUUAAAUUUGGUUUCCUUCGCUUUCAUCUUGGUCUGUUACAUCCUGAUCUUCAUCAAGGCCAGUCGGUCUUCCGCUAAAGUCCGCAACAGCCAAUCUAAUAAGCAAGAGACCAAAUUGGCCUUUCGUAUGGCACUGCUCGUUGCUACCGACUUCGCCUGUUGGAUGCCAAUAAUCAUCAUGGGCAUCCUUUCCCAAACUGGCGCCGUCACCCUCGAUCCUUCCCUCUACGCCUGGACAGUAAUCCUCAUCGUCCCCAUCAACUCAUCCAUCAAUCCCUUCCUCUAUACCUUCAUCAUGUACAUCGAUGACAGAAAGAAGAAGAAGAAGAGAAAGAGCAAAGACAACCAAGCGAACUUACCAGAAGUGCAAACCAACGCAGUGUAAAUCAGCCUCCUGCCAACGGUUACCGACCGAAGAUCCAAUCUCUCGCGUGUAAGGUAGUGGAGUUUACCCAUCACUUGACAAUUGUUAUUAUUAUUUGCUUAUCUUUUAAAAUAUUGUUAUUAACAUGAUGUCCAAACUUUGUAUAUUGAUAAAUACUAUGUUUCCUACGAGGUGCUAUUAAGCAAAUAUUAAUCGACUACGAGGGUAAUGGUGCAAACUAUCAUCGCCGAGGUGAUCUCGGGGCUACUAUCUUCCCGAGCCGCAAGGCGAGGGAAGAUGGUAGCCCCGAGAUCACCGAGGCGAUGAUAGUUUGUAUCCAUUGCCCGAGUAAAGGAGGUUAAUAUUUGUUUUAUAUCCCACAUCGGCAAUAAGGU